AUGUCCCAGAUGCUCUCAACACAUUCAAGCAACCUGCGGGGCACGUCGCCAACCUCGUUAUUCCUCCAAAGCAGCAGUCCUGGAAGUGGAGACACUACGUCUCCUGCCACGGAUAUCGCGUUGUUGCCCGAACAAGACGCUGCCUCGUCAUUGAAUUUGUUUUGCUCAGAUAUGAUGCCGCUGUUUCCAUUCGUCAGGAUCGCCUCUAGUACAACAGCACAGAGUUUGGCCCAGCAGAAACCCAUACUCUACCUAGCCAUUCUGAUGGCUGCGAGGAGCCAACACGAUAAGUGUCAAUACUCGAGUCUCGUUAGCACGAUUCGAGAGGAAAUCUGCCGGAGGUUCAUGACAUGUCUCGCUCAAGAUGUGGGAAUGUUGGAGGGACUCCUCGUAUACCUGGCUUGGUCCCAUGUCGAUAGGGCAAAUGGUCCACCAUGCAUUCGAGUUUUCCACAUGGUUCUUGCUCUCAUUGCCGAGCUUGGACUGGACAAAGAGCCACAGCUAUCCUCAGGCAUGGCAAGCAAAAACGAAGAUUCAACGUUCAGCUCUAAACCUAGGACGUUAGCAGAAAGAAGGCUAUUCUUAGGAGCAUACUGGCUUGGAUCCAUGUUCGUCAAUUUUCUGCACACCUCAUCAGUAGAUGACGCUGAUUCACGAGUCAUUAGAUUCAGAACCUGCAGUUCGGACUUUGAAACCAUACAAUAUGGUGGAUACGCCGAACACUGCUGUCGAACGCUUGAGGAGACCGCAGACUACCAGACAGACUUUGAUCUGGUGCAGCUCGUCCGAAUGCAGCGGAUGACGGAUAUCACCAAGGAAGCGUUGCAUAGCUCUGCUCUAGAAACAACCAUUAACCUUUCCUCUUUCUUGUCAAUGCGGAUUGCAACGCUUGAAAGCGAUCUCGCAGAAGUAGGAAGCUGCUUCCGUCAGGAGGUUCCGCAAGCCUCAUUGUUGGCGAUGUGCUACCAUACUGUCCGGGUGCAUAUCUUACAAGUUGCUCUGGAAGAGAAUGACUUCGUGCCAAUGCUAGACGGGGGUUUCAACGGUGAACUAUCCUCAUCUUCAGAAAUCACGGGAUUAGAUCGACAAGCUCUUCUCUCGUCUUGCUGGUCUGCAGUCAAAGCAAUAUGCAAUCACUUUCUAAAUCUCCCGUCCAGAGUGGUGUUUUCUCUGCCCUUUCCGUAUUGGUUGCAAAUCAGACACUCAUUCACCGUACAGUCGAAAUUCUUGGAGCUCACAGACGGAAUCUGGAAGAACUCCAAAGAUUCCAUGAUGGAAGAACUGAAAGAAACCGUCUCGGAAUUUUGCCGGAGGUUGCAAGACCUCGUCGAAGAAGGAUCCCAAUUUGUACCCCCUCGUGGGAUGCCGGAGGAUAUCCAAUUGAUGAUCAAUACACUGAAGAGCUAUGCAGACAAAAUGGACGGAAGGUCAUAUGCGAUGGCCGUCAAAACGACCUGUGGGGAAGGCUUUCGGAUGGCCGAUGAAGGAUCUGAAUUGAACCACUUGUAUCACAUCCAAGAACAUCAUGAACAAGCAUCACUUCUUGAUUUCUUGUUCUUCGAUAAUGAAUCCUGGCGGCAGUGA